AUGUCUGAUAUUCAAAUUGCUCUCGUUCGACUCAUCACUCGAGAUCGAUAUACACUUCAAUCAUUUACUAAUUUUCCAUUUAUAUCUAAAUCAUUGCGUGAAUUUUGGGGUCGACGAUAUAAUCAACUUGUCAGCAGUGUUUUUCGAGAAUCUGUCUUCCAGCCAAUUCGUUUGUAUUUAUCUUCAUCGAACAUCGCAGCAUUGAUAGUAUUUAUUCUCAGUGGUCUUCUUCAUGUUCAUCUAGUUCUUAUAGCUUUCAAUGAUACUCGAUAUAUUGUACCCACAUUUGUUUUUUUCCUUUUACAUGGCAUUGCCUGUUGUGUAGAAGUUCAUUUACCAAUUCACGUACCUUCAUAUUUGGGCUGGUUGAUGACUCAUAUAUUUCUUCUUGUAACUGCACCUUUAGCAAUGGGGCCAUAUAUAACAAAACAAGAAUUUUUUAUUCGUCAUGUUCCACCAUUCUUUGGAAACAAAUGGAUACCGAAAUUGCCUAUACCAAAAUAUUGUCCAAAAUAA